GGUGUCUGAGCUUUGGGAGCCAAUGAGAGCGAGAGCAUCCGUGUCUUGGCGUGCAGAAGGGCGUGCGGUCUCUAUUUAAACCGUUGGCUUUGCACAGGUUAACCAGACACAUCUUACCUGUAGAGGAUAUUCUCACUGCGCACCCCUGCACCAGAACAUUUCCAAAAUGAGUGACAAACAGGAGGUCAUCCAGCAGGUGGAGAAGUUCGAUAAGGGAAAACUAAAGAAGUCUAACACGGAAGAAAAAAACUAUAUUCCAACCCAGCAGGAAAUUGAAGAGGAGAAGAAAGCCAUGAAAGAGGGGAAGUGUAACUGAGACGCAUCUGCCAUGAUUCCUCUCCUUCAGCCCUGCCCUGUUACCUGCUCUUCCUCCAAUUAGGAAUCCCAUUAUCUCCGCCACUGCUUCUGUCUUCCAUGCCACCAUGUUUGAUUAGAAAUGGUGUUUGGGCUGAUGCUACAGGGAAUCUGUCUGUAAUCUUAAAUAAAUGAAUGCAAUAGAUAUAUUGUGUUGUGCUUUUCCCAUGCAGUUUAGAAAGGGUGGAAUUGAGCAAGACAGUGAUUUGACAGGGUGCAGGUUUAAAAAGAAAAAGAAAAAAAAGAGAACAAUCAUAAAUAAUUAUAUUAGUGGAAACCAAUCAAUGGAUUACAUUGCUAAUAAUUCCAUAUGGAUGCAUGUAAAUGGUGCCGUUCAGGAAAUGUUCUGAGAAAUAAUGAUAUUUUUUCUUUAAUAAAAAUCCAUGUGUCAAAUA